AUGCUGAAACGCUGCGGCCGGCGCCUGCUGCUGGCGCUGGCGGGCGCGCUGCUCGCCUGCCUGCUGGUGCUCACCUCCGACCCGCCGCCGCCCCAGGUACCCGCCGAGCGCGGCCGGCGCGCGCUGCGCAGCCUGGCUGGUCCCUCGGGGGCGGCCCCGGCGCCCGGGCUGGGGGCGGCGCCGGCGGCUCCCGGAGCGCUGGCCCGUGAGGUGCACAGUCUGUCCGAGUACUUCAGCCUGCUGACCCGCGCGCGUAGAGACGCGGACCCGCCGCCUGGGGGCGCCUCCCGCCCCGCCGACGGCCACCCGCGGCCUCCGGCCGAGCCGCUUGCGCCCCGAGACGUCUUCAUCGCAGUCAAGACCACCAAAAAGUUUCACCGUGCGCGCCUUGACCUGCUGCUCGAGACCUGGAUCUCGCGCCACAAGGAGAUGACAUUUAUCUUCACCGAUGGGGAGGACGAAGCCCUGGCCUGGCACACGGGCAAUGUGGUCAACACUAACUGCUCGGCCGCCCACAGCCGCCAGGCUCUGUCCUGCAAGAUGGCUGUGGAGUACGACCACUUCAUCGAAUCUGGGAGGAAGUGGUUCUGCCAUGUGGACGAUGAUAACUACGUGAACCUGCGGGCUUUGCUGCGGCUGCUGGCCAGCUACCCGCACACACGGGACGUUUACAUAGGCAAGCCCAGCCUGGACCGGCCCAUCCAGGCCACCGAGCGGGUCAGCGAGAACAAGGUGCGUCCUGUCCACUUCUGGUUUGCCACUGGUGGGGCUGGCUUCUGCAUCAGCCGUGGACUGGCCCUGAAGAUGAGCCCAUGGGCCAGCGGGGGCCACUUCAUGAGCACAGCCGAGCGGAUCCGGCUGCCAGAUGACUGCACCAUUGGCUACAUUGUGGAGGCCCUGCUGGGUGUGCCCCUCAUUCGCAGCGGCCUCUUCCACUCCCACCUGGAGAACCUCCAGCAGGUGCCCACUUCCGAGCUCCACGAGCAGGUGACCCUGAGCUAUGGCAUGUUUGAAAACAAGCGGAAUGCCGUCCACGUGAAGGGGCCCUUCUCAGUGGAGGCUGACCCAUCUAGGUUCCGCUCCAUCCACUGCCACCUGUACCCGGACACACCCUGGUGUCCCCGCACUGCCAUCUUCUAGCAGCCAAGGCUGAGACCCC